AAACAAGUAAAUUCAUAGUGAGAGUAUUAGAAAAAAGAAGAAAAAAUGUUGCAUAGAGCAGCAAGAAAUGCAUAUUCUUGGUGGUGGGCUAGCCAUAUUAGAACAAAACAGUCAAAAUGGCUUGAUGAAAACCUCCAAGAUAUGGAGGAGAAGGUUGAAUACGUACUCAAGAUCAUAGACGAGGAUGGAGAAUCCUUUGCAAAGCGGGCUGAGAUGUACUACAGGAGGAGGCCUGAGCUCUUGAACUUCAUAGAAGAUUUUUUCCGGAGUUACAGAGCUUUGGCAGAGAGAUUUGAUCAUUUAUCCAAAGAUCUUCAGACUGCUAAUCGAACCAUUGCAACUGUCUAUCCUGAGAGAGUUCAACUCGCGAUGGAAGAAGAAGAUGGAGAACAAUUUUAUGAAGAAUUAGGACCUCCUAAGGAAUCAAAUGAGCCUUCCAAAAGCUCACCAGCAGCCCCAAAGUUAAGUUUCCCAAAAGUUCCUUCAUUUGCCAAACGAAAUGCUAAACCAUCAAGGUUAAUGUCAAAGAAGGGGCUAAUAAAGUUCAAUGUUGAUGAUGAAAUUGCUGCUGCUCGUCCAAGAUCAGGCUUGAAAAAGUCCGAGGCACUCCAGGAAAUCGAUAAGCUUCAGAAGGAUAUUUUGGCACUUCAGACUGAGAAAGAGUUCAUCAAGAGCUCAUAUGAAAAUGGGCUAGCAAAGUAUUGGGAGAUCGAAGAACGGGUCACUGAGAUGCAAUCAAAAGUUAGCAGCUUGCAAGAUGAGUUUGGCAUUGGCACAAUGAUCGAGGAUGAUGAAGCUCGGUCAUUGAUGACAGCCACAGCUCUGAACUCAUGCCAAGAGACCUUGGAUCGGUUGCAGGAAAAACAGAAGCAAUCAGUGGAAGAUGUUAUAGUUGAGCAUCAAAAGAUUUUAGAGGUCCUUGGGAAAUUUGAGACUCUAAAGGGAAAGGUUGUCAGUCGCCUGCCUCAUCCACAAGUCCUCUCUGAAGUAAAUAAGUCUUCCAAUCGAGAUUCGGAAUUGAAGUUGCUGAACCGACAAGUGGAAACUUCUGAAAGAGAGAAGCAUAAUGAAGAGACAGUGCAUAAGGAGCUGGUAGCUAGUUCUGCUAGUUCCAUGUCUGAUCUGGCAGAGAAGGUUGAUGAACUUGUAGAUAAAGUCAUAAACUUGGAAAGUGCUUUCUCUUCCCAGAAUGCAUACGUAAAUAGAUUAAGAGCGGAGACAAAUGAACUUCAUUCACAUCUGACCAAAGCAGAAGAGGACAAGGGAACUUUGGUUGAAGAUUCCGAGAGCAUGAGCAAGAGGAUCAGACAACUGGAGGAAGAACUUCUUAGGGUUCAGAAUCUCAAUGAAAGAUUUAGUUUUGAUGAUCUCUCUGAGAAAUUGCACAAUAACAGGCAAGAUGAAGAUGGCAAAGUUACUUUGUCAUCCAAUAAAGUAAUCAAUGUUUCAGGAGUUGAUGAGGCAAAGCAGUUUCACGCCCAUGGAGCAAUCAUACCUGGAGAAAAUGUUGUAGGUAGCUCCAAUGAGGUUACCAGUAAGGAAUGUUUGAAGAAAGAAGGCUUGAAAGGACAGGAGGAUUGUCGUGAAGUUGACCAUCAAAACCUUGUUGAAAGUCACUUGAGCAGCAGUACUCGAGACGGACAGGCAGGUGGCACUUUAGGUGCUAACCAGGGUGUUUCAGGUGUUGAAAAGGCGAAACAGUUUCAGGUUAAUGAAGCAAACAUUCCUGGAGCAGAUGUUCUAGGUAUCUCAAAAGAGGUUAGUAGUAAGGAGGGUCUGAAGAAAGAAGUCUUGCAAGAACAGGAGGAUUGUCUUGAAGUUGACCAGAAAAACCUUGUCAAAAGCCACUUCAGCAAUGAUACUCGAGAUGGACAGACGGGUAUAACUUUAGAAGAUAACCAGGGAUCAGGGUUCACAGACAAAGAGAUGAUGAUGACCAUCGCUACUACCACAGGUAAAGAAGAAAAGUUUCCAAAAGCUGAUCUUCAGAAUGACCAAGACAAUUUUAUCAAAAGUACCGUGGGAGAUGCUGCAGAUGUUGGGAUAGAAAAAGGGUCUGAUAAAAGCCACGGGCAUGCUACAGAUCAUGGUUCAGACACCAAAAAAAAUGAUGGAAAGGUCGAGCCAAAGGGGACAAAUGACAGUGCAAACAGAAGCAAUUUUCUUGGUUCUGCUCCUGGUUAUGAUGCACUGAUCUCAACAGAUAUCAGAAUGGGAGGGGAAGCAAAGAAACAAGAUAUCCAGGAUAAUCUCAUUCUCUUCAAAGGUGAAGCUGAAAAGCUUUCCAUAUCCGACCUUCAGAAUGACCAUGACGACUCAACCAAAAUUGGUUGUGUGAAGGAUGUGGAAGAGGUUAAGUUAGAAAAAGGGGUUGACAAAAGUCAACAAGUACAUGUUACAGAUCAUGGAUCACCUACCAAGAAAAAUGUCGAACAAAAGGGGGCAAAUGAUCUUGCAGACAGAAGGGACAUUUUGCCCAGUUCUGUCGAAGAUAAAGAAGAAAAGCUUUACAAAACCAACCAUCAGAAUCAUCUGAAUGACUUUAUACAAGAUGCUCCACCAAGGGAUUCUCCAGAUGUAAAUAUGGAGGUAGGAUUUGUUGAAAGUGAAAGCUUUCAUACGUCAAAUGAUGACUUGACCACAAAAAGAUACGCAGGGAAGGAAGAGCAAGCCAGGACAAAAGAUGCUGCAGACAGGAGCGAUUUUUUUCACAUUGUUGAAGAUAAUGAAUCUGCUAUCAGAAGAGAUCUGAGAAUGGAAGAUCAAGCAGGCACCAAAGAUAUUGCAGAGAAGAGUGGUCGUUUGCAGAUUCCCCCGGAAGGUAAAGAAGAAAAUAUUCAGAAAUCCAACCAUCCGGAUUACCAGUAUGAUCUCCCUGCAAAUGUUCCUAUAAGGGAUGCUUCUAACGCCAAGAUGGAGAAGGCCUUUCAUGAAAGUGAACACACACAUAAUUCAGAUGAUUCCGCAGCUAUCAGAGAAGAGAGAACGGAGGAACUAGCAGUGAAGGAUGCUUCACAUGAAAGUUUGUCUAUGAGUUCACCCUAUGAUUCAGAUAUCUCAAAAGACAUCAGAGUUGGACAGCAAGCAAGAAGAACAAACUUUACAGACAAGUUUGCUUCUUCUACAAGUGAAGAGGGAAGAAGUUUAUACAAUGAUCUAUUGCAGGUUAGUUCAUCUGGAGCAACACUAGAUGGCACUUCAAAAGGUGGAUCCAAUGAAGAUGUUCAUACAAUGAAUCCUCCUCGUCAUGAUUCAGUUUUCCUUGAAGACACGGAGAUGCAACUUGAGAAACUGGAUUAUGAUCCUUCCAAUUCACAGAAUUACCUUAAAAACAUCCAGGUGAAGGGUCAAGGAAGCACUCCUCAAAAGUCCACUCUAGAAAAAUCAGACCAAAGUGAAGAUACAAGAGCAUCCAGUAGCGGCUCAGGGAUCUCAAUCACUACGAACAACAAAGGUAGAGAGAAGGUAGGUGAUGAUCAUCAUUUCAAUAUGAAUGACAGCAGGCAAUCAGAUGAUCUUUCAAGAAGGAUGGAUUUCAAGAAUAAAAUCGAGUCGGAGGAGCAAAACAAUGAAUUCUCUCACAAUUUCAGUCAAGCAAAGCAAGAUGGUGACUUUCAACAAUCCAAUUGGCAUAACCAACUUGAAACACAUUCAGCAAGGGUCCACGUGAAAGAUAUUCCAGGCCCCGUCCCAGAUGAUGAGCUAGAAGAAUGGGAAAGUAUUUUAGAUAAUCUUCCAUCUGUCUUAAGUGAUUAUAAGAGAGAUGACCUACACAAGGAUGAUCUCCCAGAUCAAGGGAAUGGCGAAGAUUCAAGGAGGCAAGUGUUCAGGACAAUUCACAAUGAGCUCUACACGGAACAACAUGAAUCUGGAACAGAGGAUGACCAACCAAACUGGAGAGCACUGUUCCUAAACAGCCUGGAUGAUGACAGAGAAAAGAUACUACUUGAGGAGUAUACAUCAGUUCUUAGAAAUUUCAAGGGUGUGAAGAUGAAGCUCAAUGAUGAGGAGAAGAAAAGGAGAGCGAGCCACUUCCAAUAUGUUGUGCAGAUGAAAGUUCUAAAGAAUGCUAAUGCCUUGAAGGAUGCACAGAUUCUAUCUUUACAGCAUAGAUUGAACUCGCUUCAGUCAAAAGACGUUGAAACAAUAUACUUCAAUGAAAUGCCAAAGGAAGCAACCUUGCAAGCUGCUGACAUGAGACAGGAAUCAACUGCACCAGAAGACAGAAGGAUCUCAGAUAUUGGGGAGGAUAGCAGAGAUAUCAAAGUUACUGAUGUUGAUGAAACACACUCCUUCACCACUGUUGAAGAGAAAGUACGGAUGGACAUUGAUGAUUUGCUGGAGGAAAACAUAGAGUUGUGGCUUAGAUUUAGCACCUCAUUUCAUCAACUACAUAAGUUUCAAACUUCAGUUCAGGAUUUACAAGAUGAAAUAAAUAAAGUGAGGGAAGAGCGCAAGCAAGAUAUAGGUUUACCACAGUCGCUACUAUCAGGCAUCCGCCCAAUCUAUAGGCAUCUAAGAGAGAUACAUACUGAGUUGACAUUGUGGUUGGACCAUAAUGCAGUACUGAAAGAUGACUUACAGAACAGGUUAUCAUCUCUAUCUAAUAUUCUCGAUGUGAUAACAAGAUUGUCAAGGUCCAAAGAGAAUGAACCAGUGUUGAAUGCCUAUCAAGCAGCAAAGUUUCAAGGUGAGAUUUUAAACAUGAAGCAAGAGAACAAUAAACUAGCAGGUGAACUUGAAUUAGGGAUUGAAUGUAUUCGGAAACUUCAAAAUGAGAUCCAAAGCACACUGUCAAACCUGGACGAAGAACUUGGGCUGAAAAAACAACCAGCAAGGCCUCGAUCCAAAAUUCCCCUAAGGUCCUUCCUGUUUGGAGUAAAGUUGAAGAGGCAGAGGCCGUCCAUAUUUUCCUGUGUGAAUCCAGCAUUGCAGAAACAGUACAGUGAUUUAUAACAGCACCAAGAUAGAUGCUUUUAUAACAGCAGUAGCCAAAUAGAUGUCUCUUCCCCCGCCCCUCCCCUCUUUUCCUUCCCCUUUAGCUCUGUUGUAGUCAAUUCUUAAUAGUUGAAAAUUAAUUUGAAGGUGAAAAGGUGUGUUGCCUUUUAUCGAGUAGAAUACCAGAACUGCUCGUGUUUUAAAGCAUUGCCAUGUUCCUCCU